AUGUCCUCCCGUUCCACCACAGAUGCCGGGGCGGACUCCCCUCCCCCCUUGACUCGGGAAAGAACGAGAGACGCAUACACCUAUGAGAAUCUUCGGGGAUGGAAACGGUACCGCAUCCUCAGGCCGGGUCGGGGAAUAUACCACGAUAUCCGAAGGCGGCUGCCCUAUUACAAAAGCGACAUCAUCGACGGCUUCACGUACAGGACUAUUGCGAGCACUGUUCGAAUGUACUUUGUGAACUUGCUUCCCGCUAUAGCCUACACCUUGGACAUGUACCGCCGUACAGGCGAGUUCUUCGGUAUCAAUGAAGCUCUCUUUUCCUCUGCUCUUGCAGCAGUAGUUUUCAGCUUGCUGAGCGCUCAGCCACUCACUGUGGUUGGCAUAACCGGUCUUAUCUCGCUGUUUAAUUUUACUAUUUACGACAUCAUCAAGAUAUAUGAUGUCUCUAUAUACCCCCAGUUCAUAUGCUGGACGGGGAUCUGGGCUGCAAUCUUCCAUUGGCUUGUUGCAAUCUGGAAUUGGUGCGACUACAUGCGUUAUGUGACAGAUUUUUCUAGCGAGGCCUUUGGGAUGUACGUUGGUAUCAUCUAUCUGAUCAAGGGAGUCGAGGAACUUGUGUCCGAGUUCGCUUCACAUGGCCUCGUCGCUGGGUACCUAAGCUGUUUGAUUGGGAUUUUGUAUUUCGGUAGCAUCUAUGCACUUGAGAAGCUUGGUGCAAGCAAUGUUUUGAACCCGACUCUGCGAGGACUAUUGGCCGAUUACGCUUACCCUAUCGGUACUAUGUUUUGGGUUGGCUUUUCGCAUAUCCCAGGACGCCUUGAAGCAGCAGAUAUUGGCCGAGUGCCAAUUACCCGAGCCUUUUAUCCCACCCAGCCCCGUAGCUGGCUUAUUGAGUUUUGGAAUUUGGACACCAAAUGGAUUUUCGUGGCCAUACCGUUUGGCUUUCUGACGAUGCUUCUCUUCUACUAUGAUCACAAUGUCAGCAGUUUGACAGCGCAGGCGAGACAGUUCCCUUUGAAAAAGCCCGGCGGAUUUCACUGGGACUUUUUCCUUCUUGGCUGCACAACCUUUGUGGCCGGAAUUUUAGGCCUACCAAUGCCCAACGGACUCGUCCCACAGGCUCCUGUGCACACCGAUUCUCUUACUAUUUACGAAACUGAACUGAAAAUAAUUUCCACGGCAGAGGGAGAAGGAGCAGAGAUUAGGAGACCGGUUGUGAGGGCGAAGGCCGUAGUUGAACAGCGACUUUCUCAUUUCUUCAUGGCCCUCUUACUCAUUGGAACAAUGACCGGACCGCUACUGAUUGUGUUACAUACUAUGCCUGUAGCGGUCUUUGCAGGUGUAUUCUUCACUGUUGGAUGGGGAUCUAUCGAGUCAAACGGAAUUUUGCAAAAGGUUAUUUUCCUCUUCCGCGAGGACAGGUUCAUUCACCGUGAUGAGCCACUCCUCUUGAUACGCAAAAGAAAAGUCGUGCUGUACGUCGGACUGCAAAUGUUUGGCGUCGCGUGCACUGUGGCUAUUUCCCACACAAUUGCGGCUAUUGGUUUCCCUGUUCUCAUCUGUCUUCUCAUACCCGUGCGUGUUUGGUUGCUCCCGAGAUGGUUCUAUGAUAAAGAACUCGAGAUCAUGGAUGACCUAACAGCCAAUAACAAGGUCGUCCUGGCCAGCCUUGGUGGAGCUCCAAUUCUCCCAGAGGGCCAAAGACCUGAAGACUACGGACUGGAACGCAAGUACUCGGAAGAAAGGCAUGGUGUUCCAAGGCAGCGUGCUGGAAGCCUACAUCGCUGA